AUUUCUAUGGCGGUCUCGAACUUUUAUAAAGUAUUCCCGCCAAAUGCAGUCUCGCUAAAUUCGGUGGUUCGCUUUAUGACAUCGAAUUUGUAUUACAAUAAUUGGAAGGGGAACGCCGACUAGUGUCAACUAUAGCAUCGUGAUUUUUGUAAUAUAAAAAGAGGAUUAGCAAAAACAUACAUAACAUAACAUAAACAAUGAGUCAACAAAGCUCUCCUGUACGUUCUGAACGAAAUGCAGAGGCACUGACUUCUCCUGCACCUGAUAUUGAUGAACCAUUUGAAGAUGAAUCUGAUUUACUUAGUGGAGAAAAUGAAGGCAAUAAUGAGGAAGAAGAAGGAGAAGAAUUAUUUGGGGAUAAUAUGGAAGCUGAUUAUCGACCUAUGUCAGCAUUGGACAGAUAUGAUCCGAAUCUACUUGAUGACGAAGAAUAUUCAGACAUGUCUCAGGAAGAACGUGCAGCUGCUGAAAUAGAAAUGCGAAAAAGAGAUCGUGCAGCAGGCAUCAUAAGGGAUGAUCGUGAUUUACUUUAUGAUGAAACCGAUGAGGAGGAUGUGCAAGCACGCAAGCGACGUAUGGCUGAAAAGGCUGCUGCUGGUGUAAUUGAAGAUGUCGAGAUGAUCGAGUCCAUUGAAAACUUAGAAGAUACGAAGGGACAUUCGGUAAAAGAGUGGGUCAUGAUGUUGGGACCACGGACGGAAAUUUCGAAUCGUUUCAAGAGUUUUCUUCGCACUCACACGAAUUCGAAAGGACAGUACAUGUAUAAAGAACGUAUUCGCCAUAUGUGCGAGAGCAAUCAGUCCAGCUUCAUAGUGGAAUUUCCUAUUCUUGCCAGUAAGGAACACGUUUUGGCCUAUUUCUUACCGGAGGCGCCGUUCCAAAUGCUCGAGAUAUUCGACGAAGUGGCGAAGGAGCUGGUAUUAACAAUUUUUCCUAGUUACGAGAGAGUCACGCCGGAGAUUCAUGUGAGAAUAUCCGAGUUGCCGUUGAUAGAAGAAUUACGUACGUUCAGAAAACUCCAUCUGAAUCAAUUGGUCCGUACUCUCGGAGUCGUUACCGCCACAACAGGGGUGUUGCCGCAGUUAUCGGUGGUAAAGUAUGAUUGUAUGAAGUGCAGCUAUGUUCUCGGACCGUUCGUUCAAUCCCAGAACACGGAAGUCAAGCCGGGCUCGUGUCCCGAGUGUCAGAGCAUCGGCCCGUUCAUGAUCAACAUGGAACAAACGAUAUACAGAAACUACCAGAAGAUCACGAUACAAGAGUCCCCGGGUAGAAUACCCGCUGGUAGAAUACCUCGCAGCAAGGACUGUAUUUUAUUGUCUGACCUCUGCGACCGUUGCAAGCCGGGGGAUGAAAUAGACGUUACCGCUGUUUACACCAAUAAUUACGAAGGUUCUCUAAAUACCGAACAAGGUUUCCCGGUAUUCUCCACGGUGCUGCUGGCUAAUCACUUAUUCGUCAAAGACUCGAAGGAAAUCGUGGAUUCGCUGACGGAGGAAGACAUCUCGAGUAUACUUGCUUUGAGCAAGGAUCAGCGCAUCACCGAACGCAUUGUUGCGAGCAUCGCACCUUCGAUUUACGGCCAUGAGAACAUCAAGAGAGCCCUGGCACUGUCGAUAUUCGGUGGCGAGCCGAAAAAUCCCGGCAACAAGCAUAAGGUUCGAGGUGACAUCAAUGUCCUGCUGUGCGGUGAUCCCGGCACUGCCAAGUCGCAGUUUUUGAAAUACGUGGAGAAGGUGGCGCCCAGAGUAGUGUUCACCACCGGCCAAGGAGCUUCGGCUGUCGGUCUGACCGCUUACGUGAGGAGAUCGCCCACCAGCAGGGAGUGGACCCUGGAAGCUGGGGCUUUGGUCCUUGCCGAUCACGGAAUAUGUCUCAUCGAUGAGUUUGACAAAAUGAACGAUCAAGACAGAACAUCCAUUCAUGAAGCUAUGGAGCAACAGAGUAUUUCUAUUUCCAAGGCCGGUAUCGUCACGUCUCUCCACGCGAGAUGCGCAGUGAUAGCGGCGUCUAAUCCUAUCGGCGGUCGAUACGACCCUAGCAUGACCUUUUCAGAGAAUGUGGAUCUAUCGGAGCCGAUUCUCUCGCGAUUCGACGUGCUGUGCAUAGUCAAGGACGAGAUUGAUCCUAUGCAGGACCGUCACCUGGCGAAAUUCGUCGUCAACUCGCAUAUUAAGCAUCACCCCACGAGCACGGAGAGAACACAAGCCGUAGAAUUGGAUCCCGCCACGCGGAGUUUGUGCAUACCGCAGGACCUUCUCAAAAAGUAUAUCGUCUAUGCCAAACAGAACGUGCAUCCCAAGCUGACCAGCAUCGAUGAUGACAAAGUGGCGAAAUUAUACAGUCAGCUGAGGCAAGAGAGCUUGGCGACCGGAAGCUUGCCUAUUACCGUUCGUCACAUCGAGAGCAUCAUUCGUAUGGCGGAGGCCAGCGCGAAGAUGCACUUGAGAGAUCACGUUCAGGAAAGUGACAUGAAUCUCGCCAUCAGAAUGGCUCUCGACAGUUUCGUCGACACGCAGAAAUAUUCCGUGAUGAAAUCCAUGCGCCAGACGUUCCAGAAGUAUCUGUCGUACAGAAAAGAUCACAGCGAGCUCCUGUAUUACAUACUACGGCAAAUCACUUUGGACACUUUGGCAUUUCAAAAAGCUCUGCACGGCGGACGUGUCACAACCAUUGAGAUUCCGGAGAAGGAUUUGUUGGAGCGGGCUAAGCAGAUCGACAUACACAAUCUGCAUUCAUUUUACGAAAGCGACAUAUUCAAGACGAACAACUUCGUUUACGAGUCCAGAAGAAAAUUGAUAAUACAGACUCUGCCCGAAGGUGUCGAGGAUUGAUCCGAGAAGAACGGCGCCUUGUAUUUUCGCAUAUAUAUUUAAGCUGUAUGACAAAAUAAUAUAUAUAAUUUUUUACCCAUCGAUAUAAAGUUUUCGUAUCAUUUAAAUACUUGGCAAAAUAAUUAACACAUUGAAUAUCAAUCAAGUAUUAUUGAUUAUUAUAUAUUACGUAAUUAUAGGAUGAACUGAAGAAGGUUGAGAAAUUUAUGAACGGAUAAGCGAAGCAAGGAGGCGAAGUAUGUACAAAGUGACUAGGAGAAUUGAUUUCUAUACAAAUACACUUGAUUCAUGUAAAUGUACAACCAACUCAUCCGUAUCAAAAUUAAAAAUUGCUUCUAUUUUUAGAUAA